AGGAUUUGCCACCAUACAUCCAAAUGUGCUACAGAAGCCUUAUUGACACAUAUGUUGAUUUUGAAAAUGAGCUUGAGAAGGAUGAAUCCUACCGAUUUCAAUAUGCAAUUCAAGACGGCCAAGGAAGAAGGCCAGCUCCAGUAUCCAAUUGAUGACAACAACAUCAAGGCUGUUUUGUUUGAUAUGUUCACUGCUGGAACUGAUACGUCAACAUCAACUGUUGAUUGGACAUUGGUUGAGUUAUUGAGGCACCCUCGAGUGAUGGCUAAGGUACAAGCGGAAGUAAGACAAGCCAUGAAAGGGAACAAUGAAGAAAGCACCAAUAUGAAAUACCUAAAACUGGUGAUCGAAGAGGCUGCACCCACCGGCUCCGAUGCUGCCUAGAGCUUGCAUCGACGAGCACGUAAUCGAUGGAUACACCAUACCGGCUGGAUCAAUGGUGAUGGUAAACAUUUGGGCGAUGCAGAGGGACCCGAGGUAUUGGAAAGACCCGGAGACGUUUGAGCCCGAGAGAUUCGAGAAUGAAGAACUGAGUUUCCUGGGUAGUGAUUUUAAGUACAUGCCAUUUGGAAUUGGGAGAAGAAUAUGCCCCGGGACGACGUUCGGUUUGGCCGCCGUGGAGUCGCCGUUAUCCCAAUUGCUCUACCACUUCGAUUGGAAACUUCCAGAAGGUGUCAAGGCUGAGGAUUUUGAUAUGAUUGAAAAUAUUGGAAAUACAGCUUCAAGAAUACAAAAUUUACAUGUGGUCGCCACUCCAUAUGAGAAGCUAUAGUAAGGAAUUGUAAUACUUUAUUUGUAGAGUCGAAGACUCUUUCAAGGGUUUUUCUUUUCGGUUCA